GACUAUCAACACAACCAGUCUUGAACGCYUCUGUCUUUAAAAGGGUGUGUUGAAAAAUAGUUUAAAAAUGAGUGGUCUAGUAAAAGCCAAGCAGUAUGACUGGAAAGACUCGAAUUUAGCUCUUUUUGGAACAGACGUAGAGAAAAAUGUGAAGAAAGAAUCUGCUGAGACUGAAAUAGCUUGGAAAGGUGCGGGGCAGAAAGUUGGCCUUCAAAUAUGGCGAAUUGUAAAAUUCACGGUUACGCACUGGCCAAAAGAGGAAUAUGGCAAAUUCUAUAAUGGAGACUCUUACAUUAUCCUAAACACCUACAAGGAUAAAGAAUCAGAUGAACUUCAUUAUGAUGUACACUUCUGGAUUGGUAGACAUUCCACGCAAGAUGAGUAUGGCACAGCUGCCUACAAGACUGUAGAACUUGAUACUUUGCUUGAUGAUAAACCAAUUCARCAUAGAGAAGUGGAGGAACACGAGUCAUCUUUAUUCCGUAGCUACUUCAAAAAAUUUGAACUAAUGGAAGGAGGAGCUGAAACUGGAUUUAGGACAGUACAACCAGAGAAAUAUGAACCGCAUUUGUUCCAUGUCAGUGGUAGUAGAAAAAAUGUGAAUGUUAAACAGAUUCCACUGUGCAAACAGARUUUGAAACAACAGGAUGUCUAUGUCAUUGAUUUGGGUUUGGAAGUUUACCAGUGGAAUGGAGUAAAUUCCAAUAUGAUGGAGAGGUAUGGAGCUGGUAAUUUCAUUACUGAAUUACGGUCUAAACGUGGAGGAAAACCUUCAUUACAAGUACUUGAUGACCAAGAAGAUGGAGAUAUUCCUGAGGAUCUGGAGGACUUGUUUGGUCAGGCAGCCGAUCCCACURAUGAGYCUCAAGUAAGUCCAUUAUGAAAACGGUCGCACUUGCAUGAAUAUGAUUUCUUUUUUUCUUGUCUCUAUUUUUUUGUUCUUUCAUUUCAGCCAAAAAUUCAGGAUGAUGAAACUACAGAGAAAGUACUUUUUAAAUUGUCUGAUGCUGGGGGUCAACUAGACUUCAUAGAGAUUGCACGAGGAAAAGCUGUCAACAACAGGAAAACACAGCUUAGAAGUGAUGAUGUCUUCAUUCUUGACGUUGGUAAGCACUGUUUUGUUUGGAUUGGGAAGAAUGCCAGUACACAAGAGAAAAAGAAUGGGAUGACCUAUGCCCACMGAUAUCUGURUCAAACGCCACAUCCUCUUAUUCCCGUGAGCUGUAUGAACGAAGGCUGCGAACAAAAAGAAUUUCUUGAUGGCUGGAAGUAAUACAGUACCUCGACAAUUAACGAAAUAUUGGUCAAACGGCCAGCACCUUCAAUGUAGUCAAGACAGCUAGUAUUAUUAGACAAAUAAAAUUCUUCACGGAAAGCAAUGUACAAGCACAAUCCAACAAUCAUGGACAAAUUGCCUAACAAAUGUUUAGAUGCUUUUUAUAGUGUUCUAUGGUUGUAUCUCAAGCUACAUAAUUACAACACGUAAUUUACAAGAUGACGGGUCGCGAAAAAGGCUUCAAAGCUAAGACUGAAAGUGAUCUUGUAUACUGAGGAAUUCGAAUUGUAUUUGCCUAAACAUACAUUACACCAUUACUCGUAGAGAAAGUAAUUUUAUUCUGGUACAUGUAAUCUUUUCGCCUUUUAAAAGACACUGUUAUAUUCAUAAUAUCAGUUUGCUUUCCCGUGUUCCCUUUCGGUCUUAGCUUUGAUGCAGUAACCUUUUGAGACCCGAUUACGUUUUUAGAAUAAGGUGUAUAUGAGUAGUGAGGUUAUCUACCAUCCCACACCCCGUCGCUGUUGAUGCAGCAUUGUAUCAGGGAUAAGAGUCAUGAUAAACUCGUUUGUCCUUGAUUGUAGGUAUCCAUCUAURGAUGCUUUCCAUUUAGGCAGAACUGACCGGGCAGUCCGCUCUAUUUAGAGGUAUAUAAUGCUUUUUGUCAACAUUUAUCAGUCAUUUCGAGGUUUUCUAUAGAAUAAUGGAUAGAAUUUGAAAAUUUGAAUUUCCUAACUAAAUAGGAAUGAUAURCAAUSACAUUUUCUCUUGGUCUGGCCAGCCAGUUCUGACAAAUGGAAAGCGCCCUAUUACACCUAUUUUCAGUUUUGCUAUCAGCAAUAGACUAUUAGCAUGRUGGUUUUACUACAACGAACACCAAACCUUGCACAYUUCCUUCUGACUUCUCUUCCACUGGAGAUUAGUAAAAUAAUUGGGAUUAAUGAGAUACACGUKGUAGUUAGUGGUGCCAGAGUUAGUAGAAGGGAACUAGUUCCCCUCUACUAACUCUGGUGGAGCCAUAAUGCAGAUGGCCUAUCGGAUUAAUUAGUAUGAUGAACAUUACAUCUCCUGCUACUCAUGUUUUAUUGACCUCCAUCAUUAUUGACGCUCCAGGAAACCCAGUAAUUUCAAUGAUUGACGUAUAUUUAAAAAAUGAUAAUAUUUCACGAUGUUUGGUGCUUCAACUGUUUUAACUUGUUUUCGAGUUUUCUGGUGAAGUUAAAAAGAAGAAAACUAAAAUCAAAAUAUUAAAAUCAAAAUUGUAAAAUAUUGAUACUCUGAAAAAAACAGAACUUUUACAAUCUGCAAUAUGGGGGACAAAAUUGUAGAACUACUUUCACAAGAUAGCAAAAAAAMUUGUUUUGUCCCCUAGAUGUUGCUGUUUCGUCAUCGCGUGCAAGAGAUCUAUAGGGUUCCCUAGACGCUGCGAUAUGAAUGGUGAGGGUAGUAGUUAAAGUAUAGGACUCUAACGGUGUCUUCUUGAGUUUGGAUUGUCCGUAUCAAACUGCAUAGCUGUCAACCCUCCCGGAUUAGCCGGGAGUCUCCAGAAUUUGAGCCUCGUCUCRCUGUCUCCCGGAUAAUCGGCAAACUUUAAAAAAUAUGGUCUUGUAUUAAUGUUUGACCCAAAAUAUUACCGCUUACGAAAAAGCUACUUUUUGAAUCAUGAGCUUACUUGUUACUUACGAUUCUUAAUUUUUUUUGUUCAAUAAUAAAUGUAGCUUUGCUUCCUGACCAUGUAGCCGCCCCUUUUGUUGUGUUAUGUCAUGUAACCUCAGGAAUCCCAAAAUCCAACAAUUUAUGUUAAUUAGGUUUUUACGAAUCUCCAGAAUUGAAAAGUCGGGGGGGUUGACAGCUAUGAAACUGGAUCCGACAGAUGAAGUGUAUGCCUUUCCUACUACAUAUUUCUACCUUAUAGCAGCAGUAUACAAUUAUAAGCCAAUUGUUUAGAAAAUGUCUCUAAAUAUACAGUAGUUUCUUUAGUUCAAUCAGGAAAGGUCUUUCAAACUCAUCAAUAAUGAACGUUCAAUAAGUAAAAAAAAUCUUUUCAACGAUGAA